AUGAAUUUAAAUAUUAGAAGGCUUGAAAACACAAUUUCUGAAUGGAAUGGAAGAAACAAAGUAUUUCAAAAACAAAGCAAAUCUAGGUCAAGAACGACUGCAUCUAAACUUAUCAUAAGAAUUGUAGAAGCUAAUGAACCAUUAAGUGACAAAGAUGUGAAAACUCAUAUUGAAAUCAUAAAGCCAAAUAAUGUUAAAAAAUUUAGAUUGUUUUAUAAGGUUUUUGAUGUAGUUCAAGCUCAAGAUGAUUCCAAAUUUUAUUUAGCUACUGAAAGGGUAAAGCAUGGAAAUUUAGAGUGA